AUGAAUUCCUGGUAUCAGGUUGAAUUUGCCUGUAGUGGUUAUUACAAUGCCAAGUGUCUUACUGCAGCUCUUCAGAAGAUCGAACAGAAUAUGAUUCCUGGUGCUAGUAUCGUGGUCAAUCGUAUCGAUGUGAACUCCCGAGCUAUGGGACGGCAGAUCCUAUUUCUCCAGCAGCUACGUUCCACAGGUCUUCCGGUUGAAUAG